AGAGGUCUGCUGUCAGAAACUGAUGCCAGCUUUCUAUGAACCCAUCCGCCCCUUUAUCCCUCAGUGAGCAAGGGAAAGUGGGCCUCAGGUACCCCAUGGAUUUCCAAACAGACAAUGCCACAUUGGGAGAGGAUCCUGAAAAUAGCACGGCUAUAUCCAGCCUAUGGAAUGAUUCCCAUAAGAACCAAAUUCUUGGCAUCAGUUUAUCAAUUGCUGGAAGUUUCUUGAUUAGCAUAUCACUCAAUCUACAGAAAUAUACGCAUGUUCGGCUAGCUCUGCAGCAAGAUCCUAUACCGUAUUACCAAAGCAAGCUGUGGUGGUGUGGAAUCAUGCUCAUGGGUAUUGGGGAGCUGGGCAACUUUGCUGCUUAUGGUUUUGCCCCGGCUACGCUCAUUGCUCCCCUCGGAUGUGUGGCGGUGAUAGGAAGUGCAGCAAUCUCUGUUGUGUUCUUAAAGGAAUCUCUGAGGGCAUCAGAUGUAAUAGGUGGGGCCUUGGCAAUCACUGGUACAUAUCUUCUCGUAACCUUUUCUCCCAAUAUAUCUCAAGAUGUCACAGCGCUAAAAGUAGAACGAUAUGUCGUAAGCUGGCAGUUCCUGGUUUAUCUGAUCCUAGAAGUAAUAGCAUUCUGUGUCUUGCUCUACGUAUAUAAGAGGAGAGGAGUGAAUCAUAUUGUGGUUUUGCUACUUCUGGUAGCUCUGCUGGCUUCUGUGGCAGUGAUAUCAGUAAAAGCUGUAGCUGGCAUGAUAGCAAUGACUUUGAAGGGGUAUAUGCAACUGACGUCCGCUAUAUUCUAUGUCAUGGUCGUUGUAAUGAUCGCGUCGUGCAUCUUUCAGGUCAAGUUCCUAAAUCAAGCAAUGAAGCUUUACAAUGCGACUGAAGUGGUGCCAAUUAACUUUGUUUUUUUUACAACGAGCGCUAUACUUGCAGGAGUAAUAUUUUAUCAGGAAUUUCGAGAUGCCGCUCUGUUGAAUAUAUUCAUGUUUAUUUUUGGGUGCUUUUUGUCAUUCCUUGGGGUGUUCUUAAUUGCAAGAUACCAAAAGAAACUUGAUUUCCAAGAACCCUAUAUCAACUACGGUGACAUCCCUGGGAAGGAAACAGUGGAUAAAAUCCAGCCAAACGCAAACAGCAUUACAUAUGGGACUCUGCUUAAUUAGUUAUUCACACAGCAGCCAAAGCAAAGAGAUGAAAGUGAUCGAAAAAGGGGUCGCGGAGAGGAAGCGUGUAUUUAUUCCCCGAGAUUUCAGCGCUCUGUCAUGUCUGCGUGUCAGAUCAUUCUCUGUUGACUCUUUUACGUGUUUCAUAACUUGUUACAUUUUCUCUCGAACCUUUGAUGUCUCCUGCAGUUUCAAAUCUUGAAUGCUGUACAAUCUCAAGAGUUUGGAACGGUCCUCAUUUGCUAAUGAUAAACUCUAUGCAGAUGCUCCAUAUAAUUACUUUACUGUAAUUACUACAGCUCUCUGAAAGUUACCUUUUGUUUUUUUCCACCUUCUCAGGGAAAUGUGGAGUUUGUAGAAGUAAAUGUUUUGCGUUAAUGUAUUGGACUAUAAACUUUUUGUUUUGAAGCACAUUGACAUUUUUGUUAAUGAUCUUUUCUCAUUCUUUUGCUACAAGAAUGCUAUUCUUUAUAACCGUGCAAUAUUAACGGUUUGUUUGACUAGAUUCAGAGCACCUUUGGAGUUUUCGUCCCUCAUCUGCUCAUCCCAGUUGAAGUGGCCGAGGAAUAGUGCAGCUUGUAGCCAAUCAAAGAGAAUGUUCAUGACCAUAGAGAGAAUUUCGAGAGAGAAGUGUUUUUAUCAUGUGACUUGUACUCUGUCAUGUGACUACAGGGCUGCAUGUCACAGGAUUGUCAGUGUUAUGAAGUGUCGGGAGGGUAAUGGGGCAAACAGAAAGCUUUAGGCUGAUAAUGAAAGGAGCCCACCCCCUAAUAUCACAGAGUACUGAUGUGUCACAAUGAUGCAACAAGACAAUGUUAAAAACCCUACGUAUGGUCCUAUUCAUACUUUAUACUUGUUGCUAAUAUAUAUUAGGACCUAAAAAGUUCAGGAUUCUGCAUCCAUGUUUUUCACCCCAUUGUAUUUCUAAUUCUCAAACUCAGUCCUCAGGACUCCACACAGUUCACAUUUUCCAGGUCACCUAGCAGGUGCACAGGUGUAGUCAUUACUCACUGACACAUUUUAAAAGAUCCACAGGUGGAGCUCAUUAUUUCACUUGCGAUUCUGUGAGGAGAACUGUUUGGGGUCCUGAGGACCGAGUUUGAGAACCUGUGUCCUAACUUAUCCAUAUCACCCCCUAUUAAAACUGGCAACAUUGUUACCUUAUGUAGGUCCUUGUAGCCUUAAAAUUACUACUUUAAUACUUAGGUACUGGUACCCCGCAUCAGUUCUCAGUCCAGCACCUCUGACUGGCACGUUUGCUCUUGAUGCAGCAAUAUAAUCACUGAUUGCUCAUUAGAACAAUAUUAUGGUGCUAAGCUGAUGUGUAAUUCUAUUCUCUAUCGUAUUCUCCGAUCGUUUCACGUCUUGGUGACCCAGAAUGACUGCUAUGAAUUAUGGUCCUGAACGCAUUUCACUAACUGAGUGUAUAGGAGCUCAGGUAUAUGAAGAAAACCAAACAAAUUAAAAGCCCCUACUGUUAACGAGUUGCUUUGCAAAUAAUUGUUCUACAUGGUUCUGUUGCCUUAUUGGUCUGUUGGAAAUCACUAUUUAAAAUUUGUCUUACUGCUGUGCCCAAAACAGGUGACGUCAUUAAAAAUGAUGCAAUCAAAAUCAAUGGGAUCCCACUGAAAACGUUUAAAACAGCUGCAGUAUGUGCUGUAUUUCUGUCAUAAGCCAUAGAGAAAAUAAGAAGUUACAGAGAAGAAAAUAAGUAUGAGUUACAUGGUGAUCAUUAAGAGUUGUUUACUAAUUAUGAGACAGGAAAUGGGAGUAAAAAUAUUCUCUUUUAUUGAAUGUGACCCUCCUAUAACCUGUAAUUAGCAAUGAUUAAAUACUCAUUAAUCCAUCAUCAUUAGUCUUAGGCAUCAAUUUUACCCUUGAGAUAUUUUCAUUGUUUACCAGCUGAUAGUACACUUCAUUUUGGUCCAUCUUUCCUCUUCCUUUGGAUUUGCCAAGUGUAUUUUUUGUACUUGUGUUACUGUGUUAACUGUCACAAGCUGCUAUGUAAAUGAAUCUAAAGUGAUCCAAACUUUAAGAUGAUCCAUUGUGCACGUUUGCGGUUCUGAUUAGUGUAAGUCGGUUUAAAAGGUCACCAAGUGCCUUUAAGAUGUAUAUACACAAUGGUGGUCAUUCCGAGUUGAUCGCUCGCUAGCAGUUUUUAGCAGCCUUGCAAACGCAUUGUCGCCGCCCACCGGGGAGUGUAUGUUCGCUUUGCAGAAGUGCGAACGCCUGUGCAGCAGAGCGCCUGCAAAAACAUUUUGUGCAAAACAAGACCAGCCCUGUACUAACUCUUCGUGUGCGUUGAUGCUAACGUUGGAGGGUUGGCUUUUGACGUCACACACCCGCCCAACGUUCGGCCAGCCAUGCCUGCGUUUUCCCUGGCACGCCUGCGUUUUUCUAAGCACUCCCUGAAAAUGGUCAGUUGACACCCAGAAACGCCGCUUUCCUGUUAAUCUUCUUGCGGCCGCCAGUGCGAAUGAAAAUGUUGCUAGAACCUGUGCAAAACCUCAAAGGCCUUUGUACCCGUACGUCGCGCGUGCGCAUUGCGGUCCAUAUGCAUGCGCAGAAAUUCAGAUUUUUAGCCUGAUCGCUGCGCUGCAAACAAAGGCAGCUAGCGAUCAACUCGGUAUGACCCCCAAUGUGUUCUCCUGACUUGCAUCACUGUUUACAGAAGGUGCUGAGAAAGCUACUGUAUGUCAUUUCAGAUGCCUCCGAAUAAGCUGUAAAUAUGUAACAUUUCAUGUACCAGAAACUGUAGAUGAUAACUGCAGCAAUAGUUUUGUACCCACACUGUACAUAUAGGGGAAAUUGAUUAAACUAACUUAUUGUUAUGUGUUUAUGGCAUAUUAUGGACAAAAUCAAAGUGUCAUUUGUUUGUUUGCAUAAUAAUGACUUACCAUUCUUAAUAUAAAAUUAUUAUUAUUA